GCUGACCGCUCAUACAGUCAGCACACGAAGUCAGUCACUCGGUCACGCUACUCGUGUACAAAAUAACAAUACAAAAUAUAUCCUUCAUAUCAUUUGCUUUAUAGUGUUGAGAAAUAAUUAUGAAGUUUCUUUUAAAAUAUGUCUUAGUUUUGGCAACGACUCUCGCUUGUAAUGGACUUGUUGACAUAGAGAAAUAUCUAAAGGUAUGCGAUCGAGAUUCUGAAGAUGUUAACGAUUGCUUGAUAGAAGCAGUCCAGGACGGCCUUGCUUCUGUAGCUGAUGGAAUCCCAGACUUGGAUGUACCACCAGUGGACCCAUACAACCAAAAGGAUUUGCGGUUGGAAUACAAAAAUAACCAGAUCUAUGCUAAACUAAUAGCAAAAGACAUCUAUGUUGAGGGACUGAAGAAUUCGAAAAUUCACGAUGCAAGACUCAAAGCUGACGAAGACCGAUUUCAUCUCGAGGUGGAUGUAACAACUCCGAGAAUUAAAAUUCGGGGCCAGUAUAUUGGAGAAGGCCGCUAUAAUUCGCUGCAGAUACGUGCAAACGGACAAUUCAGCACAAAUAUGACGGACUUAGUUUACACUUGGAAACUCGACGGUGUUCCUAAAAAAACAGAAAAUGGUACUUUUGUGCGUAUCAAUGCGUUCUACAUGCGGCCUGACGUUGGCGACAUGAAGUCACUUCUGACGAAUGAAAACCCUGAUAGUAAAGAAUUGACUGAACUGGGAAAUAGAUUCACGAAUCAAAAUUGGAGGCUGCUCUACAGGGAGUUGCUACCAUACGUCCAGGACAACUGGAACAAGAUUGGAAUCCGAGUCGCCAACAAAAUAUUCCUGAAAGUUCCAUAUGAUCAGCUAUUCCCAUUAAAGUCGUAAAAAACUAUUUAAGUUACCUACUCUAUACUUAUUUCAAAAAUGGCGGGAUUAUUUAAAGAUAAUUUACUUAUCUACCUACCUGCGAUAAGCAGGGUAUGAGUAUGAGUUUGUCUGUGAUAAAUAAAAGUUUUUGUAUGUGUUUUUUAUUGAUAUUAAACUAUUUUUAUUUAA